CGUUCUGUGCCUAUUGGACGGUUUUCGUAUAGCUUCCGCAUAACAAUAAAUCAAUAACAAAACAAUAAGACAAUACCUAUUUUAAUACGAACAGUAAUUACAAUACCAUUAUUACUACGGAGGCCGAUUUAAUCUAUUUUCUAUGGACCGAUGAAUUAUAAGAUAUUUUAACAUAAUCGGCGAAAAAUUCAUAAUGCCGCCAGAUGACCGUACUCUUUGCAGUCUCUCGGACCCAACUUCAACCGGUCGCCGAUUCUCAGGUUAGGUACUUAUUAUCUGAACUAUCUAGUACCGUUCCAUACAGAUUUCAACUGACCCCUGGUCAUUGGUCGCAGACACUUUCGGUGUCCAGCCUCGUUCACGUUCGCCGAGUGAUCCUAUGCUGUUGAUCGUCGAACUCUAUAUACAAAUAACGAUUGUAGAGAAAUAUUAAAAUUAAUAUUCUUAUGUACAUUUUUAAUCGCGGUGCACAGAUAACACUGUGCGAAAGAGAUUCGGUGGAAAAUGGAAGUGAUUGACGGUAGUGAAGAUGGAAUGAUCGUAUUGAUGACGAGUUGAAAUUUUGAAAAGUUCGGUGAUCGUCCCGCGAACAUGCGUCUGACUAAGCGGUCGGUCACGCUGCUGUACCUAUCGUCAUGCAAGAUAUUCGCCGACCUUUUGUUUCUCUAUGGGUUCUUUUCUUUUGGCUACAACGACAGUCUAACGUCGACGCCAAACGAUUUGCCGUCGACAUUGCGACCGAACCCUAACCACUCGGAACCUUGGCGUUUCGAUACUCGUCGUUUAUAUCAAAAGUCUGUGAAUAGAGUCGUAUUGAUGGUAAUAGAUGGUAUUCGAUAUGAUUUCUUUAUGGAACCAGAAUAUAAUGUAUUUAUGCCAUUUUCUAUUGAUCUCAUAAAGCAAAACCAAAGUUGUUUGUUUCGUACUAGAGUGAAUGCUCCUACAGUUACAAUGCCACGUAUAAAAGCCCUAACUACAGGUACAGUACCAAAUUUUAUCGAUCUUGUGUUAAAUUUGGAUAGUUCAGCAGUUCAACAAGACAGUAUUAUUUACCAAGCUUGUGCUGCUAAUAAGCAUGUAAUAUUCUAUGGGGAUGAUACAUGGUUAAAGUUAUUUCCAAAUUCAUUUAUCAGAUAUGAUGGAAUUACAUCAUUUUACAUAUCAGAUUACACUGAAGUUGAUAAUAAUGUUACUCGUCAUCUAGAAAAUGAAUUAAAAUCAUCAGCCGAUUGGGAUAUUAUGAUACUUCAUUACUUAGGACUGGAUCAUAUAGGCCAUAUGGGUGGACCUCGAAGUAAAUUGAUGCCCAACAAGUUGUCUGAGAUGGAUAAUAUUAUUCAACGUAUAGUAAAUUAUAUGAAUUCUGAAGAAUCAGAACUGCCCUCAAUUUUAAUAGUUUGUGGCGAUCAUGGAAUGCGUGACAAUGGUGGUCAUGGUGGAUCGUCAAUUGGCGAAGUAGUAGUUCCUCUAUUUGUUUAUUUUAAAAAUAAAAUUUGUGGUGGAUCUAUAGAAGGUGAAAUAAUGCAAACAGACUUUGUGCCAACCAUUUCAGUAAUUAUGGGGCUACCCAUACCUUCAGGAAACACAGGAAAGCUAAUACAUAAAAUCUUGCAAAAUCUUAAUAUCAAUGAAAUUCUCUUUGCUUAUCAUUAUAAUACACAACAAAUAUAUAAAAAUUAUAAUUCAAGAAAAGGAUUAAUGAAUAAAGGUUUCAUGAAGGAUUUCAAUCAUGCGAUUUUUAGUUAUUAUGAUUGGUUAAAGAAAGAAAACGCUUCCAUUGAUCAAGCGCUCCAUAUUAUUUCUUUGUAUGAAUCUGCAUUAAAUGGUAUGAGCAACUACUUAGUUAAAUCAAUAGCCAAGUUUGAUGUGUUUCUCAUAAUUGUUUCAAUUAUUUUAUCCAUACAGGUAUGGUUAUUGCUGAUGAAUUUUGAUGCAGUAAAUAUUAAAUUUAUUAAAGUUAACCGUUUAGUAUAUUUAAUGCUAAUUCGUUGGGCUGUUUGUGUAUGGUUGCAAUGUGAUAGUGUCCUAUGUGAAUUCACUGCUACAUUUAAUCUAUUGGCCAUUGUUAUAAUCACAAUGUUCAUUAUAAACCUUGGUAGUUUUUGUUGGCCAUUAACUACAAUUUUUAGUUCAUUGAUAAAUGACAUGGAUAAAAAUGUAUUUUACACCUUAUGUGGUUCAUUAGUACACAUUUUAAGUCUAUUUUCAUCUAGUUAUAUUGAAGAAGAACAUCAGUUACUGUAUCAUCUUUGGACAGGAUUUUCUGCUAUUCAAGUAUAUAUGGCAUUUGUUGAGCAUAACUAUGUAACAACUGCAAAGUGGAUAGUUUCUAUGGUUUUGCAUCGUUUUUGUAAAGAUCUCAAUUAUAUUGGAAACCAAUGGUCGGGAUUUUACAGUUUAGGAGAUUGGUUUCGUGAAUCUCAUAAUCAAAGCUAUAUGUCAGCCUUAAUGGUAAUAGGUAUUUUAAGUACAUUUUUUACUUGUAUCAAUAUUUACAAGGCUGGAAAAUACAAUAAGCGAUUUAAUACAUUGAACUAUAUUAUAUAUUUUUUGUAUUUUUGGACAUUGUGCUGUGUUUAUAUGUACAGGGUUGAAACUAAAGAAGUUUCUGUACCAUAUGGUUAUAAUAUAUUAAAGCUAAUAUUCUGUCUAAAUACAUGGACCAUCACAUGGUACUUACUAGUUGGAUUUCAUAUUGUUUCUGUUAUUAAACAUAAUAACAACAAGUGGAAUAAUGCUGUGUGUAUAUUAAUAGUCUUGUUAAUUCUACGUUUGUCUUUGUUAUUACGACCUCAUAACAUUUUGUUGCCAGCAGUCUUGGUUUUUACAUGCAAACUCAUUAGACUGAAAAACUGGAAUACUUUAACUAUGACUAUUAUUCACUAUUGGUUAUCAUUGAUAUUCUUUUUUUAUCAGGGUAAUUCUAACAGUAUUGGCACUUUAGACAUAGUGCCUGGCUACAUUGGUCAAACUAGUUAUGAUCCUGUUAUAGCAGGAAUUCAUAUUUUUACUCAUAUGUUUGGAUUUCCAAUGUUAAUUUAUUUAUUCUUAGUACUUGACCAAAAAUUUUUGGGACUUCAAAAACUAUGCAUGUUGAAUGUAACCCAGUCAUGUGUGUACAACCUUGUUAUUCUAUUAUUUCAUAAUCAUUUAUUUAUAUGGUCAGUGUUUUCACCAAAACUUUUAUACAUUUCUACAUUUACAUGUACUACAUACAUUUUUUCUGCAUUAAUUGUUAUUUUAUUAUCAGUUUGUGGAAUAUCUUAUCAAAAAGAAUUCAAUGUUUAAACUAGCAAGUAUCAGUAUUAUAUUCGAUGUAAAAUAUUCUUUAAUUAUUUAUAACU